UUAAAGAGGAGGUAGAAGAACCGGUGCUUGUGGGACACGUGUUGGAUCUUGGUCGAAUUGGCUCGAUCCUCUCCCUCUCGUCUUCGUCGAAUUGGCUUGAUCGCCUGGUUCGAUCGAUAUAAAAUCCAGCCCAGGUCAAGAACUCCUUCUCCGACAUGUUCUGCUGCUACAGAGACGUCAUGAAGAUGUUCAUUUCGUCGGCCCUCUGCAGCUCGUCUCCUAUCCUUCGAUCCAGGUACUACUCAAUGUACGGUCACGUGGAGAAAUUGGCUGAAGAAAUAAGGAAAGGAGCUGCUUCUGUUGAAGGUGUUGAAGCCAAACUAUGGCAGGUACCAGAGACGCUUCCAGAAGAAGCACUCCUUAAGAUGAGCGCACCACCAAAGAGUGGAUCACCAAUCAUCACACCCAACGACCUAACUGAAGCUGAUGGUUUUGUCCUUGGUUUCCCAACAAGGUUUGGUAUGAUGGCUGCUCAGUUCAAAGCCUUCUUGGACGCAACUGGUGGACUCUGGAGGACUCAGGCACUCGCCGGUAAACCAGCUGGUAUCUUCUACAGCACUGGCUCUCAAGGUGGUGGCCAAGAAACCACCGCGUUAACGGCGAUAACUCAGCUGGUUCACCACGGGAUGAUAUUUGUCCCAAUCGGUUACACAUUUGGUGCUGGAAUGUUCGAGAUGGAGAAAGUUAAAGGUGGGAGCCCUUAUGGAGCUGGAACAUUCGCAGGAGAUGGUUCUAGGCAGCCAACGCAGCUCGAGCUAGAGCAAGCUUUUCACCAAGGCAAGUACAUUGCAACCAUCACCAAGAAGCUCAAAGUAUCUACUGUUUAAUGUUAUCUAAUGAUUCGGUAUCAAUAAGAACAAAAAAAAAACAUUGCAUGUUUUGCUCUGCUUUAUUAAUAUUAUAUAAGUCCAUCAUAUAUAUUCUUUCACUUCGAUAUUAUUUCACAACAGUAAUUAUUGUCUUGUUUUUACGUAUAGAUAUGUAAUGAUUUGUGCUUGUGUUUCACUCCAAACAUGAAUGAGAUUUUUUUAUAGUCAAAA